UGUUUUUGAGUUGGGAAUUUUGUCAGUUGGGGACCUCAAUUGGUUAUGCUCUUCCACGUUUGACAGUACUGAAUAGUAGCCAGUCUAUCUCUUAUGGUCAUAAUUCAGCCACAAUCUUUUUUUAUCAUCCUUCCCUAUUUCUUACUAUCAUAUCUUUUCAUUAGUAUUUGACUGACAUUUUGUUUCUCCCUCACAAUACAAAAACUUAUCCCCAUUUUGUGUCCACAAUGGCCAGGAUUAGACUACUCUUUCUCCUCCAUUACUUGCUCUUCAUCGUACUUUCUUCAGCUGCCCUUUUACAAGGGUCAAGAAUUCAAGCCAUAAUUCCUCAUUCUCAAAGGGCCUAUCAAACAUUUCACUAUGAGGGGAAAAUAGGAUCAGUGGCACCAACGUGCACUUACAAUGAAUGCAGAGGAUGCAAGCACAAGUGUAGAGCAGAGCAAGUCCCAGUGGAAGGGAAUGACCCAAUGAAUAGCCCUUAUCAUUACAAGUGUGUUUGUCACCGUUAAUUCUGUUUUGUCAGAACAUAGAGCCAGCAGCAUUCCAAAAAGAAAGGGUACUUUGAAAUUUUCAUCAACUUACUGUUUUGUGGUCUUGUGAGAGUUUCAAUGUUCUUUUUGAGGUUGGGUUGCUUGAAUUUUGGUUUAUAUCGAGUCUUUUGUCUAAUUAUGGUUGGGUGAAUGUUAUUGUAUCAAAGUUUUUUAUUUGAAUUAUGCCUUUUUCUUCAAAUGGAAAAAUAUUUUUGCAUGUUAGUUUUCCA